UUGUCGCUUCAGUGGACGUUCCCCUCCCCGCUUCUUUUCCUUCUUCUUUUCCUGUUUUUACCUCAGCGUUGCCGCCGGACUCCGGGGAGCGACUCCGCUUCUUGCCGGGCGCCGCCGUGAAAAACGAAAGCAGCGUCUUUUGCCCGAUCAUGGUGCCUCCGUUCGCAGGCGGGAUCUGGCGCUGCAGCUCGGGGACAAGCGACGCUGCCUCAGAGAUUCCCUUUUUCCCCUCACAGCGGGACGGCCACUCGUUCCCGCGUUGGGUACUUAAAAAAAAAAUUGGCGCAAGACUAGCACGCAUGCGCGGCCGAGAAGCGCUUUUGGGCACGCCUGUUUGCUCGGUUUGCGCAUGCGCGGUGUUCUUAAGCUAGAAACGGCUUUCGGCUCGACGCAUGCGCACUAUAGCCUCGAAGUCCUUGGCUUUUUCCGUGUCGGUACCGAUCAUUGUGAAUCGCUGCAAACGCCGAGGACGUGCCUUUUCCCGUUUCUCAGCAGGCGGGGGAAGCAGCAGAGCGUGGCUGGGGCUGCCAGGAGGAACUGGGAAGAAGUCUGCAGUGGAGCCCAGCUGGGGUCGCAGGAGGGGAAGACCCGUGUUGGAGGCAAAGGGGAACGUACCAAGCUGCACAUCUUUGGCAAGUGGCACAACAUCCCACGAAAGCAUGUGACGUACGGGGAUGCCAGCUUGACAUAUACAUACUCGGGUGUCACCUUCUCGCCCAAGCCAUGGAUUCCAGUUCUGGAUCACAUACGAGACCAGAUCCGGCUUACCACUGGGCACACCUUCAGUUUUGUUCUGAUUAACAGGUACAAAGAUGGUCACGAUCACCUGGGAGAGCACCGAGACGAUGAGAGAGAGCUGGCCCCUCGCAGCCCCAUUGCCUCUGUGUCCUUCGGCGCCUGCAGGGACUUUGUCUUCCGGCACAAGGAUUCCCGAGGCAAAUCCCCCUCACGCCACAUAGAGGCCAUCAAGUUGCAACUGGAGCACGGGAGCUUGUUGAUGAUGAACUUCCCCACCAACCGCUACUGGUACCACAGCUUACCCAUCCGCAAGAAAAUCCUGGCCCCGAGAAUCAACCUGACGUUUCGGAAAGUGGUGGCUCUCUGAGCCCAAGACAGAUUUCUGACUUUGGCCUCCUGAGAUAUUCUUUCUUCUCAAGAGUUUGGCCACCUAUUUGCCUGGUGGUCGUAACAUGAAAUGGAGAUAAGGCUGUACCAAAGAAUGCCUUUUCUUUAGUACCUUUCAGCUUUUUCAAAAAAUAUCCCCCAACAGUCCCUGCCUGUUACAAAACUUAACAGAAAUAUGAUAACAUGCCACCAUAAUCAGCCCACUGUGGGGAGCCUCGGGCCAGUUCCGAGCCUCACAAAAGGUGUAGUGGGUAUGAGCAAUAGCGAGGGUUAGUGAGAGAACAGUUGUGGUCUCCCGCCCUAAUGUGUGUGUCUUAUGUGCCUUCAAUUUUGAUUUAUGGCGACCCUAUGAAUCAGCGACCUCCAAGUGCAUCUGUCGUGAACCACCCUGUUCAGAUCUUGUAAGUUCAGGUCUGUGGCAUCAAUCCAUCUCGUUUGGCCUUCUUUUUCUACUCCCUUCUGUUUUUCCCAGUGUUACUGUUAUCCAGCCCUAAAUGUACUGUCUUUGCAAGCCUAUGAAGUACCGUAGGGAGCUAAGCUAAAGCUGGGCCUGUGACCACUCAAGAGCUGUGCAGUAGCUGUCCACUCCUACAGCAUGAAAGAGUUUUCAUACCCCAAAGCUAAAAUAUGCAACUCCCUGGAAAACAAACAGCACAGUGCAUCAACAUUAGCAGAUUUUUCUUCCACACAUUAGAAGUAUAAGUAAGAUUGCCCCAAAUCACAGCCUGACAGUUUCUGGCAGACGGUGCUCCUUUGCAGGUGCCAAGGCCAAGAAUGAAGGGUGGCAGCAGAUAGACUGUGCAAUGCCCAUGUGUUUACCACCACCAGACCAGGGUCAUCUUAACUAGCUUCCACCAUGAAAAGUCCUCUUCACAUAGACAAGAACAGGGUUUUGCUUCUACAAAAAACUGAAAACAAGACCAGCAGUCUGCAUUUGACAGAAACAGCUUUAUUAUGUACAAAAGAUUUGAAGGCUUAAAAUCCAAGACACAGAAGGUGUUUUGGGUGGUAAGACCAUCAAGAAACAGGGAAAGUUGUUCCUUUCCUUGCUGAGCUGGACUCUUAACAGGAAAUGUGAUACAGUUAUCAGUUUGUUGCAUCAUUUUGACAGUCAUUAGAACAUCACUGAAGUGGAAAGAAUCUGGCCGUUUUUCACCUUUCUCACACACACACAGGUACAUGGGGAGUCAGCUGUGGGCACUGCCUACGCUGCUGAGCCACACAUUCUCUCACCACCACCUACUCCCCCUUGGGAUUUUAGGAAAGCAACCACGUGGUAAGUGAUCACGUUUCCCCUCUUGGCACAGCCACUUCUCUGAAUUCAAAAUAUGAUCAAGGCACUUGUAGGUUCUCUUUAAUUCUUCACACUUGAUAGAAGUUCUUUGUGAUUACUCACCUGAUUAAAGGCUGUCAUAAAGGUGAAAGAGGUUGACACUAAGAAGUUCUAUCACAACAAAGGAAAUUGUUAAAAUUGCAAGUGGGACACCAGGUCUUUGCCUUAAGUCUCAGUUGAGGAGACUUAACACUUUUCUAACACUGAUGUGCAUGGACACACGUGUAUAUAUUGGGGAGUGCAUGUUAGCUGACCAACUUUGGAUAGUGUCAUUUUGAUACAAGGUGCUAGGAGCUGGUCACUGACAAGAGCAUAGACUGCUUGUCCAGGGGUGUGUAUGCAGGGGGAGACAGUUGCCUGACGAGUGCCACUGUCCUCGGAGAAGCCCGUCAGCUGGAUUUACACUCGCCUGCUCAUUUACGUCACUCCUCAGCUCGAAGCUCCUGGCUUUGGGACUGCAGCCUUGAGUGGACACGCUCAUAAAAGAGCAAGUAGGCGCUGGAAGAGAGGACUUCUUGCAAGGUGGUUUUGCGUACCACGUCAUCUGAAAUCCACAGCCACUGGUUGCUGGUGACCAGCAGGUUUUUGCAAGAGGGCGGGGACCGGCGGUAUGUGACAAAAUGUCCGGAAUGCAUGUCCCCAUGGUGGACCACAACAGCCAUCAGGCGGUACAGAUAUGUUGGAGAACUGCCAAAGGAAGAAAAUUAGAGACCAUAGUCCACAUGAGGCAACAUUGCCCUUUGGCAUUCCUAGUAGCAACAGAGUGGUGGUCUACUGUUUCAAGAGGUGACCCAGCCUUGUUAAGCAACAAUUUACACACUUGUGUUGCAGCAUCCAGACUUGAGGGAAAACUGCUAGACUCAAACAGGUCAGGAUUUCACUGCAUGUUUGGCUCCAAGGGACCCAGGCACCCACAUAGAACAUGAAAACUCUUCUGGGGCUUUAUCAAACUAACUUGGGGGAAGUUUAGUAGCAGUUUUGAGUGUUUUUACUUACCUACAGUCCAGUGCUGUCAUGUAUGGGAAAGCUAUUGGGGAGGUCAGCAAAGAUGGGGAGCAGGCGCCAUUCAUAAAAGAUUUAUUGUUGCCUGCAUGUUCCAUAUCUACAGAAAAAAAGACCCCAAAAUCACAGUGUAUUGGAUUAUC